AAAACUUUGACUUUUGGGUUAGAGUUAGGGUUUCAAAUCUCUGCAUUGCUAAGCCCACUAACUUCUAAUGUAGUAAAGAAAUGCAAGUAUGUGACUAACUGAAUUAGUGUUUCUUUUUUCUUUUUUUUUUUGGAUAAAAUGUGAAUCUUAUUUAUCCAAUAAUAUUGAGUACAAUCAAAGCAGCACAAUGAGCUACUACAGUCCAAAAUACAAUGAAAAAACUGCUGAAACAAUCAACUCUUCACAAUUUUCUCAAGCUCCCAUUGCUGCUUAAGAUAGAAGAACACCAGACAUGUCAGCAAUGCAUCACAAUACAUCCCCUGACCUCAAAGUGGUAGCCAAUAAACUGAAAGACAUUCUGGAGAUAUCAAAUUCCUCCCUCAAGAUGAGAAAAGUGAUUGUUGUGCUCUGCAACAUUGUUGCAACACGUGGGGCACGUAUUGCUGCUGCUGGAAUCUUUGGCAUCCUGAAGAAAAUGGGAAAAGACACAAUCAAGGAUGGAGAGAAACAGAGGACAGUGAUUGCAGUGGAUGGUGGACUUUAUGAGCACUAUACCGAAUACCAGAAGUGCUUGGAGAACACUGUGAAUGAAUUGCUCGGAGAAGACUUAUAUGACAGCAUAGUGCUGGUGCAUUCAAAUGAUGGCUCGGGCAUUGGAGCUGCCCUCCUUGCUGCCUCCCAUUCUCAGUAUCUUGAAGCUAUGGAGCCGUAAGCAUGGUCAGGAAAAUUUUUUGCCACUCUAGAAGUUAAUUUGUGAACUUCAAAAUUUUUUAAUCCAAAAUCUUUACCUUUUCUUUCUUUCAUUCGAGGGAUGAGAAUUUCCUUCCUCAACAAUGACUUAGAUUAGAAAAUUUGUUCAAGUGAAAUCUUAAAUAAUUCAUUGUACUACUAAAAUUUUUUUUAGAAA